AUGAUUUUUUAAUUCAAGGAAUCAUGGGGAUUUAACGAAUUUUUAAUUUAAGUUUUAAAAUGUCCUGAAGGUUGUGUUUUUUGUUAUGAUUAUUCAUCUAAUUGCAAAUUCUGGUAGAAUAUUGCAUCAUAUUGGCAAUCAUCUUUUAACUCAGAAGGAUGGCUAAUUGAUAACUAUGAAAAUCUUCCUUCAACUUUAUGUGCUGGAAUUCAGAUUGCAGGAGGAACUAAUCAUCUGAAAUAAGGAUAGUAUAUCAAAAAACUGAUUGAAAAUAUUCCAAAACACCAUAAAAUAUAGCUUGUAGUUAAACUUUGGGUAAUAGGCGAUUGGAACAAUUAAAAUUUUAUGAUUAAGAUUGAUGAGCAAGAUUCAUAAACUCUAAUUGAAACAUAUUCCUAAAUUAGUUUAAAUUGUGGUGAUUAUCUAUUCGUAAAUAUAAAUAAUAUAGCCAUAAAUGCAUUACAUUCAUCCCCUCAGAUAAAAUUAAAAUUGAAAACAGAGGAUCAUUCAAUAAAUAGUGCAUUUUGGGGUUUAUCAUCAUUUGACUUAUACAUUGCUCAAUGUCCAUUAAGUUGCGAAGACUGCUAUGGAGAAUUAGAAACUGAAUGUAGUAAUUGUCAAAAAAAAUGGGGAUUUUUGAAUGGUAAAUGUAUCCCAGGUAGUUAUAUAAUUUUGAUUAAUUAGCUCCUCCAUUAGAAUAUGCCAAUAUUAGAAUCUAAGAAAUUUAAGGUUUAAAAGUAAAUAUCACGGAAUCAUUUUUAUUGUAUAUAGAGGAAUUAAAUCUAUUUAUUACAGAGAUCGGUGAAAAAAAAUUAAUGAUAGAUAAGAAUAUUUCUAUCAGUACUUGUUAAAUUUAUUUUAAAUGUUAGGAAAAAAUAUAAAUUUAAGGCUAAGUUAGAAACAAUUACUCUAAUGAUGGUUAAGUUUCUUUUUCGAAUGAUUGCCUCAAUUCAAGUAGCAUUAUAAUUUAUAGUGUAUUAUUUAUUGAUACUGUGUAAUCUGAAAAAGAAUUAGUAAUUUUCAUUUCAAAAAAAACAAUAGAAAUUGCCCAGGUAAUACUGUUGAACAAUAUUGAAACAUAAGUUCUUAUAAUGUAGUUAUAUUAUGAUUGA